AUGGCCCCCAAGGCGGAGAAGAAGCCGGCGGCGAAGAAGCCCGCGGAGGAGGAGCCCGCGACGGAGAAGGCGGCCGAGAAGGCCCCGGCGGCGAAGAAGCCCAAGGCGGAGAAGCGGCUGCCGGCGAAGAAGAGCGUGGAGACCUACAAGAUCUACAUCUUCAAGGUGCUGAAGCAGGUGCACCCCGACAUUGGCAUCUCCUCCAAGGCCAUGUCCAUCAUGAACUCCUUCAUCAACGACAUCUUCGAGAAGCUCGCCGCCGAGGCCGCCAAGCUCGCCCGCUACAACAAGAAGCCCACCAUCACCUCCCGGGAGAUCCAGACCUCCGUCCGCCUCGUCCUCCCCGGGGAGCUCGCCAAGCACGCCGUCUCUGAGGGCACCAAGGCCGUCACCAAGUUCACCUCCUCCUAG